GAUUCGGGCAACUUGAGACGAAACCGAAUCGACUAGAGAGGAAUGGGUGCGUAAGAUCAACGCUCGCUCGCCAAUAAAAAGACAACCCACGACGGAACGCCACGCAUUGUCUCGUCUCUUUCCCAUUCAAAUAUUCGCCCCCCCCUAGGCGUUGCGUUGCGCUCUGUGCAUCGCGUGGGAUUAGGGCUUGAGAAGCCCCAGAAGAGAGAGGAGAAAAAGGAGGGAUUUUUAGAGUGGGGUCGGUGGUGGUGGGAUCGGGAGAGAGAGAGAGAGAGAGAGGGAUGGAUCCAGACGCGGUGGCGAAGGCGUUCGUGGAGCACUACUACUCGACGUUCGAUGCGAAUCGCGGGGGGCUGGCGAAUCUGUACCAGGAAGGGUCGAUGCUGACCUUCGAGGGCCAGAAGAUCCAGGGGUCGCAGAGCAUCGUCUCCAAGCUCACCUCCCUCCCCUUCCAGCAGUGCCAGCACAGCAUCACCACCGUCGACUGCCAGCCCUCCGGCCCCGCCGGCGGCAUGCUCGUCUUCGUCAGCGGCAACCUCCAGCUCGCCGGCGAGCAGCACGCCCUCAAGUUCAGCCAGUUGUUCCAUUUGAUGCCGACGCCCCAAGGAAGCUUUUAUGUGCUGAAUGAUAUCUUCCGAUUGAACUACGCAUGAACACCAGAUGGGCUUCAUGUCCACAAGAAGAAUUUGUCGCUUGGUCGUAAAGAUUGUAUUGACCAUAUGCUUGCUACCGUCUGGUGCUUGAAUUUCAAAUGGGAGUGAUUCGGCAGAUUUGGAUUCCUAUAUAUCCACUCAUGGAGUACUUCAUUUCGGUUUUUUUAGAUGGUUGCAUUUAGCAUCCCUUGUCCUCUGUCUCUUGAAGAAUAUGGAUAUGUUCAUGGUGAUUGGUUCAAGUGAAAAUCACUCCUCUGUUUAUUCCUGUUUUACGGGUUCGAUACAAUCUUUUUACCUUUUUUCUCUUGGCCAUAAGCUUGGUCGGGUCGAGCUUUUAAGUUUUGAAAUACAUGUUGCAAAAUUAUCCAACUUUGGAUGUGCCA